AUGCAUAUGGAUCAUGACGGAUCGGGGUCCGGCCUCCCAUGGCUGGACCAACCAGUCUGGCUACAUUCGUCGCGGGCAGACGAGUGCAAACUGACCCCAGAGCAAUGUGCAUAUCGAAACGGACACUGGCGAUACUGGUACGAAGCAGACCACGUUUUUGCGCUUAACACCGUCUACUUCCUGAUCGCCACGGUCGGCCUGUUCACGAUCUUGCAUGUCCUAUCCCUCUACGCCCCGAGCUCCCUCAGGCGGAGUUACCCCUGGCGAACGGCCACCGCGACGGGCCGCUAUCUUUCGUAUAGAUCUUUUCGAUUGCCCGUUCUGCGGUCCUGGUCGCCCUCGUUGGGCGUGAUCGGGCUGGGAUGUGUGGGGGUUGUGUUUUUUGCUGCGAUGACUUUGGGCCCGAAGCCCUACUACUGGCCGAAUACGACGGAGCUCUCGUAUGGAAGUAGUCCGCCUAUCGCGACGAGGACAGGGUGGAUGGCGCUGGCCUUGCUGCCGUUUGUGUUGGCUCUGAGCACUAAAGCGAAUCUCAUAUCAGCGUUGACUGGCGUAUCACAUGAGAAGCUUCAGGUCUUCCAUCACUGGACCAGCUACGCCAUGUUCGUGCUGGCUCUCAUCCACACGUUCCCCUUCAUCAUCUUCCAUAUCUGGAAGGGCGAUAUGGUCAUGCAGUAUAAGACGAGCAUCGCCUACUGGACGGGCAUCGUGGCCUUGAUCUUUCAGACUUAUUUGACGGUCAUGUCGUUGCCUUCGAUUCGGAAUCGAUACUACGAAUUCUUCAAAGCCACGCACAUCCUCGCCGCUCUCGUCUUCAUCAUUUUCUUCUUUCUGCACUGCGACUUUCGUCUCUCUUCGUGGGACUACUUCAUCGCCACCGGAGCAAUCUACAUCCUCUCCCUCCUCUACGCUCAAAUCCGCACCCACCUGAUCCACGGCCGCCACACGGCCACCAUCUCCCCCCUCCCCUGCGGUCUCCUCCGCAUCACCAUCCCCACCGUCACGCUCACCACCUGGCGACCCGGCCAACACCUCUUCCUGCGCUUCCUCUCGCCGGGCAAACUCGGCCUGCACGCCCUCACCGCGCACCCGUUCACCAUCGCCUCACUAGCCCACGACCCAGAUACCUUAGGAAAGCCCUCGCAGUUGGUGUUCUUCGUUCGUCCGCAUAAUGGCCUCACGGCACGGUUGGAGUCGUUGGCGAAACACGCGACGGGUGGGUUCUGGAGGUGUACGGUGCUUUUGGAAGGGCCGUAUGGUGGGACUGGGACUGGGGUUGCGGUUGCGGGGCUCGGUGAUGCUGGUGGUGCUCAUGCUGAUACUGAAGCCGAUAGCACGAUUGUCGUGGCGGGUGGUUCGGGCGGCGGGUUCGCGUUGGGUAUGUUGGCUGAAGCCUUGAGGUUGAGAUCUUCUUCAUCCUCCGGGCGAGCGAGUGGACCGGUGAAAGUGGUGUUUGCGUGUCGGUCGACGGCCAUGGCGCGGUGGUUUCGGGAGGAGAGUGAGGCUUUGAUUUCAUCUUUUUCAUCUGCUUCGUCUGGGGGGUUGAAGCAGGUGGGAAUUGUGGUGGUGGAUAUUCACGAUACAUCGGCCUCUGCCUCCUCGUCUACCUCUCCUUCUUCUUCCUCGUCUCUUUAUCAGGGCAAGCAAGGCCACGCACAGACUCAGGGCGAUGGAACCAGCGAACCAGACCUCGGAAGAAACAAAGAGCUAGAACCGGACAUCGAGCUCCUUACUCACGACGACACAGACACCGACAAGAAGAACACAGGAAGACGAAUGAAUCACGAGACGCAGAUGCAGACGGGGUUGUUCUACGCCGGACGGCCGGAUCUUCCGGCGCGGAUUGCAGAGGUCCUGGAGCAGGAGAAGAGGAAAAAGGUGGCGAUCUAUGCGUGUGGACCGGCCUCGAUGCUCUUUGAUGUGCAGAAUGCGGCGGCCGAUGCGCAGCGACGGGGGGAUGGGAGAGAGGUGGUUUUGCAUACGGAGACGUUUUCGUGGUGA